AUGGAUAGUAUGCAGGGCCGAUGGAGAAAUGCCAUGGAAAUGCCAGGCUCCCAACUUCAUAGAGACAAGUCAAUGAGUUACCGAACCCUCCAGACCUCUGUCUCUUCUUGUACAAAAACUGGUGAAUUCUACCUGUUCUGCCAAUGCUGGCCAGGGCUUGUCAUGAAGUUUCAGACAGUGCACCGCAUCUUAUCACCAUCCUCAUCCUCAACACGAGUCUCCUCUACACCUGGGCCAACCCUGGGUUUGGCUGCUGGGUUUUACCAAGAGGAGCUGUUAGCACUGACAGGUGCACAGGGAGGGCUCCAGGAUCCAGGGGGCCAGCAUGGGCAUGAACUUCAGAGUCCUAGCAAUGAGUGUCUGAGUUUCAGCUCUAGCAGAGUCCUCAUAGAGGAGCAGGGGAUAGCUCCCUAG